CCGCCACCACGGCACGCCCCAAAAAUACACAUCUAAACAAAUGGAAUGAAAACAGAAUGAAACCAGGCAAAGGGCAAAGGAAGAAAGAAGAGAACAUGGAUUUCCUGAUGUUUUCAGCAACAACAUGGACUUUAGUGGCUCUGGCUGUCACUCUGUUAUUACUAUAUGGAACCUGGCCGCAUAGGUUUUUCAAAAAGAUCGGGGUAUCUGGACCGAGACCCCUGCCUUUUGUUGGAAACCUGAUGGGUUUCUCAAAGGGAAUACUUACCUUUGACCGGGAAUGCCAAGCCAAGCACGGGGAUAUCUGGGGUUUGUACGAGGGGAAAACCCCGCUACUGAUGGUUGCUGACCCUGAGAUAAUAAAAAGCAUCUUGGUGAAGGAGUUCUACACUGCGUUUACAAACCGCAGGAUUAUCAUCGGAGACGGCGGGCCUAUGGAUGAUGCGAUCACAGCGGUGAAGGAUGAAAGGUGGAAACGAAUUCGCGCCACAAUAUCUCCAUGUUUCACCAGUGGAAGACUUAAGCAGGUUUUCCCUUUGGUUGUUAAAUUUGCAGACAGAUUCAUGCAAAAACUUGGACAAUCGGAUUUGAAUGAGUCCAUUAACGUCAAGCAAGUGAUUGCACCGUUCAGUCUGGACGUGGUGACCAGCGCUUCCUUCAGCGUGGAGAUCGACUCCAUCAACGACCCCAAGGACCCGGUUCAUACUCAAAUGCAGAAGAUCAUGAACUUCAGGUUUUGGCCUUUUCUCUUUAUGGCUGUGUUUCCCUUUGGUCGUCACCUGCUGAAACUCUUCAAAGUUGAGUUCAUGCCCAAGUCCAGCGUGGACUUUUUCUACGACAUCAUUAAGAAGUUUAAAGACCAGCACGUCGCAGAGGAGUCGGUUAGUGUUGACUUGAAAAGUUGUAGAAAGACUCAGGGAGACUUCCUGCAGGUGAUGAUCCGGAGUGAGAUCCCAGAAUCCGACAUAAAGAGCGAACAUGAGCAACCGAAUAAAGGUUUGACUGAGCACGAGAUUCUUUCCCAGGCUCUGACGUUCAUCUUCGGUGGCUACGAGACGACCAGCACCACUCUGUCUUACACCCUUUACAAUCUGGCCACAAAUCCUGACGUCAUGCAGACACUGCAAAAAGAAAUCGACGGCUGUGUGAAGAAAAAUGCUCCCAUUUCCUACGAGGACCUGAACAGUCUGGAGUACUUGGACCAGGUGUUUUGCGAGUCGCAGCGGAUGAUUCCCACCGCGCCUCGACUUGAGAGGACAUGCAAAAAAACCAUGCAGCUUAACGGUCUCACCAUCCCAGAGGGAACGUUAGUUGGGAUUCCGGUGCAUUUGCUGCACAUGGACCCACGGUACUGGAGCUCGCCCGAAAGCUUCAAACCAGAGAGGUUCAGUAAGGAGAAUGAGAAGGAUCUGAACCCGUACGCGUACAUGCCGUUCGGACUCGGCCCUAGGAACUGUGUCGGGAUGCGAUACGCGAUCCUCGUCAUGAAGAUGGUCAUCGUGCGCAUCCUGCAGAAUUACUCUGUGGAAACGUGCAGCGACACCAUGGUCCCAAUUCAGUUUGACUGGAAGUUCCAACCAGUCAAGCCUGUGAAGCUGAAGUUUGUUCCCAGAGAACUAUAAUUGUAAUUACUUCAAACCUCUGGCCUUCUUGUCAAAUAUAAUGUAUUUUUGAUGGGCCUGUAGGAUUAUUCUUCAUGUUCAAAAUUCUGCACUGUUUAACACUGAUCAAUAUGAAUGUGUAAUUCUUUCAAUCUAUUCUUAUAUUGUCUUUUUUUCCUAUUUUUACCUGACAUUAAAGCUGUCAGGUCAACAAUAAACAGAUUGUUGACCUGCAGAAACUCCCA